AUGGACUGCAUUCUAAAAGAGGGCCCUGUGGACCGAAACCUCGCAGUACGAUCUUUUAAAGCCAUCGACCGCACUGACACGGGACGAAAUGCAAGCACGAGCAGUACGCACAUCCAAGCCUAUGCUGAAGCUACUCUUGUCGAGGCUCGAAAGCGGUAUUUUGAAAACAAUAACAAAUCCCACGCAGUCCAUCAACAGGCCCUUGCCUGCCUUCCCGGGGGUAAUACGAGGACAGCGCUUUAUUCGUCACCGUUUCCUCUAAGCAUGGUGUCGGGAACGUGUUUCACAGUCACCGAUGAAGAUGGACACAAGUACACAGACCUGGUUGGCGAGUUCUCUGCAGGUCUUUACGGUCAUUCAGAACCUACCAUUCGAGACGCCCUCGGGUCCGCCCUAAACCAUAUUGGCCUGAACCUCGGUGCGCAUACAAAGUACGAGGUUGAAUAUGCCUCUCUCAUCUGUUCCAGGUUUGGGUUUGAUCGCGUCCGAUUUUGCAACUCGGGGACAGAAGCGAACAUCAACGCGAUAAUGGCAGCACGCUACUUCACUCGAAAAAGGAAAGUCGUUGCUUUCACGGGCGGGUACCACGGCGGAGUUUUGAGCUUCCGCGAUAAGCCAGCGGCGAACACAAUCAAUGACACUGAUUUCGUGGUAGUCGAAUACAAUAACCCCGAAGCAGCUACCGCUGCAAUUGAGGGAGACCCGCAUGUUGGCGCAGUACUUGUUGAAGCCAUGCAGGGUGCGUCAGGAUGCAUUCUAGGGAGGGAUGAAUUUCUGCAUGCUGUGCAGGCGUCGACGAGAAAAGUUGGUGCUGUCCUAAUUCUGGAUGAAGUUUUGACGUCACGGCUCGCUCCUGGCGGGCUUCAAAGCAUCCUGGGCCUACAGCCUGACAUUACUACGCUUGGAAAAUAUCUGGGAGGGGGUCUCGCCUUUGGGGCAUUCGGUGGAAGGAAAGAAAUUAUGGAUGUCUUCGAUCCCCGUGCUUCGAGAUCCCUUCCGCACUCCGGAACAUUCAACAACAAUACCCUGACGAUGCGAGCCGGUUAUAUAGGACUGUCGAGCGUCUACACACCAGAUAAAGCAGUUACUUUCAAUUGUAGCGGUGAGAUUCUCCUUACCCGUCUCCAGGAGCUGUGCAAGGGAACGCAGUGCUGUUGGACCGGACGCGGAUCGCUUCUUGCAUCACACUUUACACAGACCGGGUCCGAGGAUAUCGUGUCCAUCUCCGAUCUCCGAGAGAACGAAUGCUUGAAGGAGCUUUUCUGGCUUGAAAUGAUGGAAGACGGGUUCUGGACCACGAGAAGAGGGUCGGUAGCGAUCAUUCUUGGAACUCCUCAGGCUGAAUUAGACCGCUUCCUUAGCUGCGUCGAGCAAUUUCUGCUACGACACAGAGAUAUAGUCGCCUUACCUAGAGGCCAUGAUCCAAUCAUGCGUGCGUGA